CUCUUCCAUCACAUUUCCCCCUUAUUCUCUCUCUCUUUUUCUUUCUCUAAAACACCCCUCACUCUUUUUGUUAUGCUCUUAUCAUUAUCUAGACUAAAUUUACGCAAAUCAACAUGUACCAACAUGUUGCCUUCUCUACUCUAUCGUCGUACUUAUGCAUCCGAUGCCACAGACACACAAAACCUGAUUGAAAAGAUUGUACAGAAAUACGCAUUGGAUUUACCUGAAGGAUACAAGGUCAAGAGUGGUGACUAUGUCAUGAUUCGUCCUCAUCAUGUCUUGACACACGAUAAUACAGGUGCUGUGAUUCCCAAAUUCAAAUCGAUUGGUGCUACCAAGAUCCAUGAUCCCAAACAGCCCGUCUAUGCAUUAGAUCACGACGUCCAAAACAAGACAGAAAAAAACCUCCAAAAGUAUGCUAAUAUUGAAGCAUGGGCUAAACAACAAGGUGUGGAUUUCUAUCCUGCAGGCCGUGGUAUUGGUCACCAAGUCAUGAUUGAAGAAGGCUACGCAUUUCCUAACACCUUGACUGUCGCUUCAGACUCGCAUUCUAACAUGUAUGGUGGUAUUGGUGCUUUAGGUACACCCAUUGUACGUACAGAUGCAGCUGCCAUUUGGGCUACAGGACGUACAUGGUGGCAAAUUCCUCCAGUGGUCAAGGUUCAAUUGGAAGGUAAAUUGCCUGCUGGCGUGACGGGUAAAGAUGUGAUUAUCACAUUGUGUGGGUUGUUCAAUAAGGAUCAGGUGUUAAACACAGCCAUUGAGUUUCAUGGUGAAGAAGCACUUAAGGGGCUUUCUGUCGAAGAUCGUUUAGCUAUUGCAAACAUGACGACUGAAUGGGGCGCUUUGGCUGGUGUGUUUCCUGUAGAUGAUGCUACGAUUGAAUACUUGCGUAAGCGUCAAAGACGUAUUGACUUGACUCAUUUUGAAAACAAGAACUUGCCUCCUGUUCAACAAGGUGAUGAAUUUGUUCAUCCUCGUAUCAACAACGAUACCAUUCAAACCUUGAUUGAUAACCCCAUCAAGCCUUCUCCUCAUGCUACUUAUGCCAAGACUUUAAGUUUGGAUCUCUCUACCCUUUCUCCUCAUGUUUCUGGCCCCAAUUCUGUCAAGGUAGCCACUUCUUUAGCCGACUUGGAAUCUCAACAGAUCAAGAUCAACAAGGCUUAUUUGGUUUCCUGUGUCAACUCAAGAGCAAGUGACCUUAAGCAAGCCGCCAAUGUACUCAAGGGCAAGAAGAUCAAGGAAGGUGUGGAAUUUUAUGUAGCUGCUGCCAGUUCUGAAGUUCAAAAAGAAGCUGAAGAAUCAGGCGAUUGGGAUGCUCUUGUUCAAGCAGGUGCCAAGGUCUUGCCUGCUGGUUGUGGUCCCUGUGUUGGCUUAGGUACUGGUUUAUUAAAAGAUGGUGAAGUUGGUAUUUCUGCUACCAACCGUAACUUUAAGGGACGUAUGGGUUCGCCCAGUGCUUUAGCUUAUUUGGCUUCUCCUGCUGUAGUUGCUGCUUCUGCUCUUUCCGGCUAUAUCUCCGGUCCUACUCCUUCUGUGAAUACUACACCUUCUUUUGAUAUCAAGACAUCAACACCUACUCAAGCCUCCGAGACAACAUCAUCUCCUGCUGAAGUACUUCCCAACUUCCCUUCCCUUAUUAAAGGUGAAAUUCUCUUCUGUCCUGCUGACAACUUGAACACAGAUGGUAUCUAUCCCGGUAAAUACACUUACAACGACGACAUGACAACAGAAGACAUGAAGAAGGUUGUCAUGGAAAACUAUGAUCCCAACUUUGUCAAUAUCGUUCAAGACGGUGAUGUACUUGUAGGUGGUUUUAACUUUGGUACUGGUUCUUCUCGUGAACAAGCCGCUACAGCCAUCAAGUCUCGUAAUAUUCAAAUCAUGGUUGCUGGCUCUUAUUCUGAUAUCUUCAAGCGUAACUCUGUAAAUAAUGCACUUUUGUUGAUUGAAUCCCCUGAAUUGGUCCAAGAUCUUAAGACUGAAAUUGGUAGUGCUGACUUGACUAAGCGUACAGGAUGGAAAGUCGAUAUCCAUGUAGCAGAAGGCAAGGUCGUUGUUCGUAAAGAAGACGGACAAGAAAAACUGUAUAAAGUAGGCGCUCUUGGAAAGAGUGUUCAAGAAAUUUGGUUAGCCAACGGCCUUGAAGGCUGGGUUAAGGAAAGAUUGUAAAAAAAAAAAGAAAAAGA